AUGUCCCACCCGCCCUCAGUGUCGGACAAGUACUCUCUCCCAGCUUCCCCAGCGGCAUGGGGUACACCGUUGCUAAUGUCCAUGAGCGAACCCGACGACGAUCUGCACAACCCUGAUCCACGUCGAGACAAAAACUCUGACAGAGGUGGAAGCAUAUUCACUGUUCGUGGUCUGGAAAACCUAGGCUGUUUGCUGAUCCUGGCUGCAGGAUUCGUGAUGCUUUUUGCCGGCUAUCCUAUCUUGACAUACUUGACGAGCAUGAAGUUCACCAACCAGGGUGGAUUUAACCUGGGCGGUACCAACGCAUCAGGACAAAUACCUGACCUUCCAGGAAAUUUCGGCCUGAUCGACCGGGACACACCCAAGGACGCCUAUACGUACAAGUCCACGAUGGACGAUGAAGAGCUGGUACUCGUCUUCUCCGACGAAUUUAACACCGACGGAAGGACCUUCUAUCCUGGCGAUGAUCCAUUUUGGGAAGCUGUUGACCUGCAUUACUGGGGCACUUCCAACCUGGAGUGGUACGACCCUUCUCAAGCAACAACGAAGGACGGCAAUUUGGUGUUUAGAUUGGAUCGCUUCGAAGAUACAUCAAUUAAUCAUGACAUGACCUAUCGAUCCGGAAUGAUCCAAAGCUGGAACAAAUUCUGUUUCACUGGAGGACUCAUUGUCGCGAGUGUCCAACUCCCCGGCUCCAAUGAUAUUAGGUGGGUUUUUGAGAACCCAUAUGGACGCGCUGGAUAUGGCGCAACUCUCGAGGGCACAUGGCCAUAUACAUACGAAGCUUGUGACGUCGGCACACUUCCUAAUCAAACCUAUCCUGGAGAGCGACGACCCAUAGCUGCUUUGGAAAACGGCGAUGGAAAGGCGAACGGCGAAUUGUCUUAUUUGCCUGGCCAACGCCUUUCUGCCUGUACCUGCCCUGGAGAAUCACAUCCGGGUCCUAUUCGAAAGAACGGCGAGUAUGUUGGCCGCUCGGCACCCGAAAUCGACAUGUUCGAGGCUACUGUUACCCAUGGCGUAGGCCAUGUGUCGCUCUCCGCGCAGUUUGCGCCUUUCAACGCCCGGUAUGCAUAUGUCUACAAUAACGAUACCACUAAGUUCCACGACCCCGAGCGAACCCUCAAGAACACGGCAGGUCGAUACCAACAAGCGGUGAGCGGCCUCGGUUACACGAACCCUAAUUGCUACCAGUAUCCCGGGACUUGCUUCGCUCUCUAUGGAUUUGAGUACAAACCUGGCUUCGACGACGCGUAUGUCACUUGGAUCAACGAAGUAACUGCUUGGACAAUAUACGCCUCGGCUUUCGUGGAUGACCCCUUGGUGGAAAUUUCCAGUCGGCCAAUCCCACGAGAACCUAUGUACAUUAUCGCCAAUCUGGGGAUAUCAGAGGACUUCAGCGUCAUAGACACUGCGAACCUCCAGAUACCUGGCAUCAUGCUCGUGGACUACAUCAGGGUAUACCAACGCCAGGGGGAAAUCAACAUCGGAUGCGACCCGAAAGAUUUCCCGACAGCGAAGUACAUAGAAACAUACAAGGGGGCAUAUACUAACCCCAACAUUACUAUUUGGUCCGACUUCGGGCAACCUUGGCCGAAGAACAGACUGAUGCCUGGCGGGUGCGACUAA